AUGGCCUCUGCACGGAACUCUCCACGACCAAACGGAUGGGGACUGGCGCACCUCACACCACGUCAAGGUCAAGGCCAAACGGCCUCCCGGCGCGCCGCAGUAGGCUCGGCCACCCAAACAAUCACCCCCGAAGACACUGCUUCAUCCCGCUCAGUCUCCCCUCCAGAUCCACUUGUCCUCCGCCUCCGAGGCGCCCAUGAGGCCACAGGCUCCAGCACGCACAACCAUCCACGCCGACGAAUACAGUGGGCAGAAGACGUGGUGGACAAUGAAGGGCUCGGCCGCAAAUCCAGCAAAGUGUGCUGCAUAUACCACAAGGAACGGGCGUUCGGGGAGUCGUCCAGCGAGGACGACAGUUCGAGCAGCGACAGUUCUAGCGACGACGACGGUAGUGACGCCGGUGGGAGCGAUAGUCCGGAUGAUGGUGGCGCGAGGAUGAGUGGGAAUCGGAGGGGACGGAAGGAUCAACACCGGCAUAGGCAUGGUGAUGGCUGUGGGCCUGCGGGUGCACAUGGGCAUGGACAUGGCAAGGGAAAGGGAAAGGGCAGAAGGAAACCUAGUCCGAACGCGUAUGAGAAGAUGCCCAAGUAUAACACGAACACGAAGGGGAAGGCGGAGUUGGCGAGGACGUGA